AUGCCACACAUGGGGGUGCAGCUGAUCCCGGUUGAUUAUAGAGGCCCCCUGCCAGGGGGAAGUGUCAGCCUUAUUUUAGGCCACUCCUCUCUUACUUUAAAAGGACUCGUGAUACACCCCGGUGUAAUAGAUCAAGAUUAUACCGGAGAACUUCAAGUUCUCUGUUUUAGCCCACAAGGCAUAUUCUCCAUCUCCCCUGGGGACAGGAUUGCUCAAUUGGUUGUCCUUCCAAGCUUGCAUGAUUGUUUUCCAUCCACCGGGAAGCUUAGAGGUGCUCACGGGCUUCGUUCCUCAGGAACUGACUUCGCUCAUCUGGUGGUUGACCUUAAAACUAGACCCACCUUACAGUUAGCAAUAGAGGGGAAGAACUUUACUGGAAUUUUGGACACAGGAGCGGAUAAAAGUAUUAUUUCUUCUAAUUGGUGGCCCAAGGCAUGGCCUGUCACACGAUCGUCCCACUCCCUACAAGGAUUGGGAUAUGAGGCCAGCCCCGCAGUCAGUUCUCGCUCGUUGACUUGGCAGGCACCAGAAGGUCAAACAGGAAGUUUUAUACCUUAUGUGCUUCCUCUCCCUGUCAAUCUCUGGGGAAGAGACAUCUUACAAGACCUAGGGCUAGUUCUGACCAGUGAGUACUCCCCACAAGCUUUAAACAUUAUGAAGAGAAUGGGAUUUAAAGAAGGGAAGGGUCUUGGCAGGAACGAACAAGGAAGGUUAGAUCCUGUCCCACAAGAAUCAAACACAGGAAGACAAGGCCUGGGUUUUCCCUAG